CGGCGCUUCUCAAGAACGGAACUCCUGUCGUAGCCCGGGGACUGCCUGUAUAUGAAGUAAAAAGUGUGCCAAAGUUUUCUUCAGUGCAAUUGAGUUUUCUAUACCGCUACGGCGUAUAAUGAAGGCCACCGAAAGUAGGUCUAUCUUUUGGUGGUAUCAUUACAGUGCUGUACUAUGAGCCGCCACCCACGAAACUAUAACCAUGGCCCAGAAGCACGGUUAUGGCUAAAAUUAACCUUAAAUAAAAAAAAAAAUUACAGAGGCUAAAGGACUGCAAUUUGGUAUGUUUGAUGAUUAGAGGGUGAAUAAUCAACACACCAAUUUGCAUUCCUCUAGCCUCAGUUUUUAAGAUCUGAGCCAGACAGAAAAAAGUGAGGACAGACAAACAAAGCCUCACAAUAGUUUUCUAUUACCAAAAAAUAAACUGAAGAGCUGUGUAGUUAAUCAUUUUGCUCUUCUUUUAAAAGAAGUGAGCUGAAAUUAUAAGUGGAUAGAAAAUGUUGAAGUGAUCUUUGUAUACAAACCCGUUAUUUUUCAGAGUUCUGGAAUGGAGUAUGUUUGACACAAUACCUUGUAGCAGGAAAAGAUCUUAACUUUUGUAAAGCUUGGGCAAAUUGUAUUCACAAUUAUUAAAAAUAUAUAUAUAUUUUUUGGUAAUUCAUGAAGGACUGAAAUUAAAUAUACACUAUAUAUUUGUUCAUAUCUUGUUUUAUGACCCUUACAAUUUUAGUUACCCAGGGUACUGCUGAGUAAUCUUGUGAGUGCAACACUUCCUGGGUGCUAAAGUUCCCAGCAUCUGAAAGAAUGAUGUUACUUCAUGGACUCGACUUGAAGGAGGAGUGCUUUCAGUUGUCGUCUUGUCUCUCUUACUCCCCUUCUCCAUCAACCUCUCCCUCAUAAACGUGCAUUAUGUACAGCAGAGUUUCUAAACUCAGGAACUGCACAUUCUACGUAGAGAAUAUUCUCUAAUUACUCUUUCUCUCGUUUACAGAUGCUGACAAGUGCCAUCUCAAGUGACUACAGUUGUUAAGAAGUUGGAGACCCUGUUUCAAGCUGUAUCCUAUCUUUGACCUUAAAUGAACUUUCGUAAGGACAGACUUAUGUGAAUAGUAAAUGUGGCACGGCCUUAUAUGAACAUGGUGAAUCUGGGACAAACUUGUGAAAAUAGUGAAUCAGGGACAAACUUGUGAAAAUAGUGAAUCAGGGACAAACUUUGUUAACUUAGUGAAUGUGCAAUUGGACUUUUUAAUUGUACCUUUGCUUACUAAUGUGAUUUAUUUGUAAUUUUUCUGACUAUGUACUGUGAUCAUUUUUCAUCACAUGAUUAUGAAUCAAAUGGUUUAUAAAGACAGUAAUAACUAGUAUUGUGCAACAUUUUGUAUUUUAUUCAUGUCAUGUUCUAUAUGGAAUAUAAAAGGUUAUGAAAAAUUUAUAGUUUGUGGCAUUGUAACUUUGAAAUUAGCUAAUUCAGUGGAGUAAUUCAUCAUGAGAGAAACAAGACUUAGUAGAGGCAACGGUGGAGCAGCAAGAGGAAUGAGGAAGACUGCAGCACUGGAGAAAAAAACCAACAAAGAAGAAGAAGAUCUUUUAGGUGAAGAAAGUGCACAUUCACCUGUCAUCUCAGCCAAGGCAGAUGAGCAAAAUAAACAACAUGCAACAUCAUCAAGAAGAGGCUUGGUGAAAAAACAGAAAGAGGAUAAAACCUGGAAAGACAAUGCUGAUAUUAUUGAAGAUGAGGAAGUUUUGAGAAUUAUUGGAGAAUUGGAGAGGGAAGUUGUUGAUGCUUUCCCAGAGUUGAAUGAGACCAAUGAGACAAAGCAGUCAGAUGCUGAGAAACCCUUUGUCAUUGAGCCAAAAUGUAAUAUUGAGCCUAGCAAGGACAAAAAGAUUGAGAUAAGCUUAGAAAAUCACAAAGAAAAAAAGAAACCUUUGCAAGCUAAAGAGGUUGGAGGACUAAUAAAUCAUGGACCUUACAGUCGUAUUUUGUUUGUGGGAGAUUCCCGCCUGCAGUCACUUGAGGAUUUUUGGCCUGAAUAUCCAUUUGUCAAACCCCAGUUUCUUGUUGAACCCAAUUUAAAACUUGAAGAGCUUAAAGAUUUCAUCCUUUCACGUACUGAGCUUCCACAUUUGGAAAAUGGAACAUUGUUGAUAUGCAAUGUGGGUCUUCAUGACAUCAUCGAAUUGGUAGAUUAUAGUGAAUGUGCUUCAGUCAAGAAUCAUCAACCUGUGAAGAUCAUGACUCUUUCGGCAAAAGCAGUUGAAGAUAUAAUCAAGAUAGUAUUGUUUCGUCUCAGUAAAAUUUAUAAGGUACUAGAAGAAAUUUUAGAUAGCAGUUCAGUCAUUUGUUUUUCAGCCAUUAUUCCCUGUGACCCUAUAAUGCAUUUUGUUGUGCAGUCAAUAAAUCACCUUCCAAGAGGACAUGCCAGCAUGGGGUCUCGGCUUAGAGCGAGCUUAAACGAGUUGAAAUCUAAGGUCAAGAUUAUUUGCACAAGGGUCAAUAAGCAUUUGGAGAAACUGAGCCCCAUGCCAUCUAUAUGGAAUAUUAUGAAGUCGUACCACCUAGAUCGUAACAUUGGUGAGGCCUUUGUUGAUGGCAUUAACGUAUCUUCAGAGACGUCUCGUUUAUUAGCAUCCAGAUUGAACAGAUUUCUUUUAGAGUUGUUUUAUGGAAUGGAGAUAAAUACUAAAUUUGUCGAGUUUAACAGAGAUCAAAAAGUUAUCUUGGUAGGGGAUUCACGAUUGACGCUGCUGCAAGAGAUGUGGCAGGGUGAUAAACCAGAAUUUUAUUGUGAACCAAAUCUUGGGUUUUACAAUUUUAGUAAGUUUAUAAAUGAAAAACUAGUGGAUCUAAAACAGAAGAUUGUGAUUGUAUGUCUUGGACUAAAUGACCUGAUCCAGUUUGUUGACAAUGAAUCGUGCCUAGAAGAAAACCAUGAACCAUGCCAGGUUGCUUUGUCCAUAUGUGAUAGAUACAGUAGUACAGAUGAGUACUUUAAAAAAAUCCAAGAGAAUUUCAAAAGCUCUCUCACUUUGUUUUGCACAAAGAACCCUGUCAUGAUGUUUUUUGCAACCGUAUAUCCCAUUCAUAUAGAUAAUUAUAUGAAUUCACAAGUGAAAAUUCACAAGGAAAAGACAGGUCAUGUCAUCACCCCACCUCAGAAGGAACUAGAAGUGAAUGAAAGGUUGAAUGAAUUGGUGUAUAGGUUGAAUUCACUCAUAAAAGAAGUGUGCCAUGAACAUGGUUUGCCAUUGUGGGAUAUGUUUCAUGUUGUUUGCAGAGGAUAUGAAGCCUCAACUCUGAGCCCAGAUGUUUUAAAAGAUGGUAUUUAUCCAAGUGAAAGAACAGCCGAGGAACUUACUCGUUCCUUCUUUUCCUUUACCAAAGACAAGUUAUCACAAGAAUUUGCUGAAAAUGUGGAAGGGUACAAGUUUCCAUUUAGACCAUUGCCAACAUCUAGUGAUUACCCCACAAAUCAUUUAUGGGGAAAAAAAGUGGAUACCAAGCUUUCCACUGAGAAAACACAAAGAGGAGUUGAUCAGUCUACCAUUAAUGAAACAGAAGUCAAUAUUGAAAGUUCCAGCCAGUCUUCUGGAGCAGUGAAUUAUGAAAAAAACAAAACUUUGAAGGAGGAAAAGAAAGGACCAACCAAGGGGGAGACAAAAUUAGGCAUUUCUAAACAUCCAGAGGGCCAGAAGCAUGGUGAUCACAGGCAAAGACAUAGCCCUGAAACAUCGUACCCACAAGAAAGGUCCCACCAACCAAAUACUGAUAGUACAAGUAUAUCAUCAAACCCAGUACACAGAAGAUUUUCGCAUAAAGAUGAUCGUCCAUCUGUGUUUACCCGUAUAAAAGAUAGACGUCCACGCUCAGAAGAAAGAAGAUAUCCUUUGCCUUCACCGGAGAGGCAUCCAUACCUGGAAGAAAAAAGAUAUCCUAUGCCUUCACAAGAGAAGCAUCGACGGUCAGAAGAAAGAAGAUAUCCAUUGCCUUCACCAGAGAGAAGACAUCGAGGCUCAGAAGAAAGAAGAUAUUCUUUGCCUUCACCAGAGAGAAGACAUCGUUUAAGGACAUCUAGAUCUCCAAAACAUGGGAGAAGAUCAAGAUCUCCAUUACAUAGGAGAAGAUCUAGGUCUCCUUUGUACAGAGACAGGUCUUGGUCUCCUCGUUACAGAGGAAGAUCAAGGUUUAGUAGGUCACCAGAACGACAUCAUAGAAAACAGAGAUCUCCUGAUAGAGGUCGUGAAAAUAGGGAAUCACUUAAUUUAGGAAAGGUUCCUUGGUCAAAAACAAGCAGUGCUUUGGAACCAUUCACAGAGUCUGUUAGAAGAAUUCGAAAGAAGUGUCAGAUGGAGAAAGAUCCAAUUUUUCGAGAUGCUCUUCUUGACUUGUUUAAUACCCAUGUUCAUGAGUGUGAAUUGUAUUUGUAUAAGCCAGAUGCACAUCCAGAUUAUUCCAAAGAAUACAGGCUGUUUUUGGUAAAAAAAAGAGCUUCCAUAAUGAGUUUGGGUGGUGAUCCAGAAUCAUUUGAUUACUUAAAAGAAUGGGAACGGUUUUGGCCUUCACGUAUGUUUGAACUCUUCCAAGAAAGUUGGGAAGCUAAGAAAACACAAUGUCUAUCUAUGAUGACUUCAAAGAGAAAAAGACCAUCUUCAUCUAUGUCAUCUUCACGAUCCCCGACUCCAGAGAGGAGGAGAAAACGAUCAAAAAAGAAAGCUUCAAAGCCUGAAAAAAGUUUCCCCAAACCUGAGAAAAAGAAAGUUUUUGAAGGGAACAACAAAUGGAAACCAAUGGGCUCCCCUGAAGAUACUUCGGACAGUGAUUUUAUGCAAGACAUGGUUCUCACAAGACAUGAUCCAGAGAAAUUGAUAGAAACUAGUGCGCAAUCCGUGAGUUUACCGUUUGGUGAAAAAGUAUCUUCACAAAAUGUAGUAAAGAAGAAAGUUGUGAAUGUUGUUGAAGUUCUUGGUAUAUUAGCAUAUAUGAAAGAAAAAUUGGGUGUAUAUGGAUUACCAGUCAGCAUAAUGUAUGAAAAAGCAGUCGAAAUGGAAAAGAAAGGUUUAAAUCCAAAUGCUUUGCUAGAAGAUGAAGAAACAGCAACUCUGUUUGCUAUGUUGAGUGAUAAACUCUCUUCUCAAAUUGAAGAAGGGGAUGGAUCAACCAUCCAGAAAGCUAUUACUCUUGAAGCACACACACUUUUGCUUGACUUAAUAACUGAAAUAAAUGAAAUCAAGAAAAAACACAAGAAAAAUUUGCCUGUCAACAUUGCCCAGAUAGCUCGUUUAACAAUUGGAAAGACAAUAUCAGACACUAUCAUGCUUAUAAAGAAUUUCUUGGAGUAUGAAGGCUAUUCUAAUGUAUCCAAGGAUGCUCUAGAAAAUAUAUAUAUGUCUGUCAAAGAUGAGCAGUUGAAGCUCACGGAGUCUACAUCCUCAAGCCAAAAUUAUAGGUCUGUAGCCUCUCCAUCAGGAUUCACCAGAACAGACCAGAAGACAGUUGAAAGUAAAAGACCUAGUCAAGGCUUCACAAAUUUUGUUGUACCUCAAGAUAAGCUGAAUGAGGAAUUCUUCAUAGGAAAGAAUUCAUUUUCAAGUAGAGAUGUAGGAUUAUCUAAGCCAGCAAUAGUAAAAGCUUCCACAUCAAAGUUUGACACCCCAGAGGAACUUGAUGAAGAGUUCUUUACUGGUAGGAAAUUCUUGAAACCUAGUGGUUUCAUAGAUAAUGAGAGAAAUGAAGCGACUUUUAAAUCUACUUAUGUCCCUCACAAGCAUAAACUACCUCCGCCUGCCCCUAUAAUAUCAGGAAUACGUAGUUCAGUGCUUUUAAAGAAUUCUAGUUCACAGCCAGGUUUACAGCUUUCCCAGAAUGCAAGUUCACAGCUUUUACGGAAUCCCAGUUCACACCUUUUACAGGAUUCUAAUUUAUCUCUUUUACAGAAUUCUGCAAAUAAACCAUCAUCAGCUUCUAGUGUCCCUAAAGGGCUACCAGAAGCUGUAGACUUCGAUUUAUUACGAAAAUGUCUAGCAGCUCUGCCAAAUUUCCCUAAAUGAUUACUCAAGAAUGAUGUCAUGAAUUUAAGAACAGUCUUUUUUUGGGCCUAGAAAAGUAGAGUACAGUGUAUGUGAAAUAAAUCAUGGGGGAGCUGAACACCCGGUGUAGUUGCAGCAUCCUGCAAAAUGACAUUGAUGUAUAGUAAUAACUUUUUUGUAGUGUACAUAUUCUGAAGCCCAACGCUUGGCAUCUUUUUAAGAGAUAAAGUAGACUGGAGAGGAAAGUGAGGCCUAACCCAAAGGGAAACAAGCUUCUUAAAGAAAAUGUUUAGAACUUUGUGGGGGAAGAAAUGGCAGAGAAUUCACAUGGUGGUGAAGGCAGUGAAAUGACCCUCAAGUAGAACUAUAUUGAGCACUUAUUUCCGCAUGAUAAAUGCACAAAACAGGUGAGAAGGGAGGGAACUCAUUAAGAAUGAUGUUUGAAGCUUGAAGAUUUGGCCAUCAAUUUGUAUGUAAAUUGCGCUGAAACCAGAACACUAUUGAAAAAUGUAAAAUGAGCUUUGAGCUGCAGUGGGGCACCUGAUUAAUAAAGAGAUUUAUUUUAGAAGGGCAGAAGCUAGUUACUACCAAAGCUUCUACAAUUCAAGUUAUUCAUUCUUGAGCAAUAGAGUCAAUUUUGCCAGAGACUAUAACUGUUCCAUGGCACCAGAUGCCUGGGUCUGUAGAGAGUUGACUUCUCAACAUUAAGCGAGUGCAUGAAUGGAAAUAUGUAUGUGCAAGAUAUAGAGAUGUGGUCAGAUUUAUAAUAAUCUGUUUUAUGUACCAAACUAUUCAAGCUAGGUGUAGUCACUGAAAAGUGUCCAUGUAUAUAAUCUUUUCUGGCCAAUAGUACUAAUGAUGGCUGAUAAUCCCUUAAUGGUGGAACAGUAUCAGCAGUCGUAGGCUAUUCUUUGCUGCUAGUUAUUCUUGGGCAAUCUGUUCAAACUUGUAACUUUAUGGAGCCACUCAAGAGUGUUGUCGUAAUUUGUAUUAAUGUAAGAUGAACAUAUUGUAAAACCCGGAUGUAAAAAUGAAUAAAUGUCUAUUGUU